AUGUAUGUCAUAUUUCCGGCAGAUGAGGUAGUAUAUCUGUCGUAUGGUCGUCUUAUUGUCGUACCCGCCAAUUCCAACCCCGAAACAACCACACCUCCCAUCAGACCAGAUACAUUUACUUCGGACACCAAUUACUGUAACGCUCUGAUAUCAGCAGCCGCGUCCAACAAGCAGAAACGAGCUUCGUGCGCCACGUCUACCUUCACCCCUCAACCCGUAGUACCUGGCCCUUCCUGUAGAUUCAACCAUAACCCGGUAGAAGAACAACCCUCAACUAGUACAGCACCUGAAGCUCCAUUGCCAGCACCGCCGGUAUCGCCGAAACCCAAAAAAAGGUCGCUGAGAUUGAACUUUAGUUUGCUUAAAAGAAACAGCUCUAAAAACUCCAACGAAACCAGCUCUGCUAACGUUCGUGUAAGGAGAUCAAUAGGGCAUAUCGAGCAAGUACGAGCUGUUACACCUCCCUCGGAAGCUUUUAGGAAGUACUGUAACAUUUCACAACCAGAGAUCAGUAACAGUAUCCCUGAAAACAAAAAAGUUACCAAGGAAAAUUGUUUAAACCAAGGGAUAUCAAGUAAAAGAUCUUCGUCAUCAUCAAAAACUAGCAAACCACCAUCCAUUCAAGAAGACCAAAGCAGUAAAAGAUCCAGUAAGCAUAGUUCUUCCUCUUCAAAGUCAACGAAACAAGGAAAACUGACUCCAUCUCCUGUAAACUUUAACAGCAAUCCAGGACCGUUCAAUAGAAGUCAGAGUCAGAUCCAGAGAGAAACCAGGAAGGAAAAUAUAGGAAGAAAAACUUCUACUCCCACUAAUUUAACGACAGACGUGUUCUAUCCGCUUUCAACUAGCAGGGAGAAGAACUUAGUAGAACCAAGCCCAGAAUUCAGAGAGAAAAAGAGAUCUAGUUCGUUUAGAAUAACUCUGAGGAGGAGUAAAAGUCCUGACGUGUCUUCUAGUCAACCUCUGAGACCGGAGAGGAAGAAAGAGAAGAAAGUGAUUAAGCCCAGAGGGAUUUUGGAAAGGAAACUGUCGUUUUCUGACUUCGUAGCUUUGAGUCGCGAGAAAAAGUCGUCGGAACUGCGUCCGGAAGUGAUAGUGACUAGUGAAAAUAGUGAUCGGUUGUCAGUGAAGAAGGAUAAGUCGCCGGUUUUGGGGUUCUUCAGAAAAACCCCGUCGCCGAAGAACUUAGGUUGCGAUAGGACACCGAAUGUGCACGUGAAUAAGGAUUAUGGUGGUUCGAGCUGGCUGGUGAGCUCACGUGAGCCUCAGUACGAAGACGAGGCGACGACUAGUGAAACUGGUCACAGACAGACGUCAGGUGAUGUUACAAAAGAGUGGGGUGGAUAUUUUUGA